AACGUCCAGUAUCAUCUAAAAUUUUACCACCACGUAAACUAUUAAAUAAACCACCUACAAAAGAGCACUUCUCACAAGAAGCGAAGAUAUCUUCGGAAAUAAUAACCAAUGAACACGCGAGAGAAAUACUAUCAUGGAUUGACGAGGAUAUGCCACGAAACGCUUCUAAUUAUUUUUAUGAAUUCAAACAAAUUUCAAACUCAGUAGAUUCUUUAACAUCCGGACUCAGAAAAACGGAUUUAUUAAUCGUAAUGAGGAUCUCAAGAUCUCAAGAAAUUCUGGGUGGAUACAACCCCAUCGGCUGGUCCUCUUCGAUUAUCGAUCAGUUUUUAUUUGGAGGAACCGACUUAACGUUGAACUUAUCUAAUUUUUUAUAUCCUGAGCUCAAAAUCUCUUGUAAACACAAAGAUUAUGAAAAACCAAUUCGCGAUACAGAAGAAUACUCGAAAAUAGACAGAAUCGAAAUUUUUCAAGUAAUUAAAAAAGAUAUCGAGUAG